GCAGCAGUAAACAUUGCCUUGACUUGACAAGCAAGCAAGCACUCCAACCAAACAGAGGUAUUUAUUUUACAACGUAGAAAAAGAAAACCAAUUUCGUCUUUAAAAAGACUUUCUUUCGGGCAUCGCAUCAUCGUUAGAGUAUUUUUGGAACUCUGCACUUUGACCCAGCACUCGUCAAUUCUGAGAACAAAUACUUCACAGAAACAUAAAUCAAAGAAAAAGGCUUAAUUAUUUUAGUGAAGCUGUCGUUUUAUUUCUGUACACGUGUUUCGCAUCACCUUAUUCAUAAUUUUUUAAGUAUUUGUCGUUGGUUAUAAUUAACUUAGCAUGUGACUUAAACAUAAGAAUAGUGUACUGAAGGAGAUGUGUAAUAGUAAUAAGCAGCAGGUGUUAUUAUAAACGUCGACUGUCAAGUCAAACUUGCCUCAAUUAAAUUGAGUCAAUUUGUAAGUUAAUCAACAACAUUAAGCCGCCGUGCUGCUGUCCAGCGGUAUAAGAUUUUAAUGUGAAGCAUAUUAUCGUCAUAUCAUCCUAAGUAUAUAGCUCGAUAUAAAUGAUUUAACUGAUUGGGCGUAUCUUGUCAGAAUUUUGAAUCGAAAAAAGUUUGCAGUGAUAUUGAUAAUUUUUAUUUGGCUGACAUUUAAAAAGUUGUGGCGAUCUUUCUUGAUAUCGAUCGAAACGUUCUAUUUCUUAUACAACUAUAGACGUGGAUUAAGAAAUUUACAAGAGCUGUCGAGUAUAAUCUACUUUUAAAAUAGUAUUUAUACUUCAAAUAAAUAAAAAUCUGACGACCGAUGAAAAUGGAAGUGGGUGAAAACAAUCCGUACAGCAACGGAUUGUUAUAUGUUGGAUUUAAUCAAGAUCAAGGUUGUUUUGCUUGCGGGACUGACAGCGGAUUCCGUGUAUUCAAUUGUGACCCAUUAAAAGAAAAAGAACGACAAGAUUUUAAUGAUGGUGGGCUUGGAAGGGUUGAAAUGCUGUUCCGUUGCAAUUACGUUGCUUUGGUGGGAGGUGGGAGCCGCCCAAAGUACCCAUUAACUAAAGUAAUGAUUUGGGAUGAUCUAAAGAAGCGUGUGGUGUUGGAGAUGGAGUUCUCUGGCGCAGUGAGGGCAGUUAAAUUAAGAAGAGACCGAAUUGUUGUGGCGUUAGAGACAAUGGUAAAGGUUUAUACAUUUACCCAGACUCCUCAGCAAUUGCACGUGUUUGAGACUUGCCAUAAUCCAAGAGGUCUUUGUGUCCUAUGUCCCUCCUCAACAAAUUCAAUACUGGCUUUUCCUGGACAAAGCCCUGGACAAGUUGAACUGAUUGACCUUGGAAAUACGGAAAAGGGCUCCACCAGCGUUACCGCACAUGAAACAUCUUUAUCUUGCAUUUCAAUGAACUUGCAAGGCACAUUGCUGGCAACAACUUCGGAAAAAGGAACAUUAAUUCGUAUAUUUGAAACGUUGCAUGGUACAAUGAUUAACGAAUUACGAAGAGGAACACAACCUGCUUUGAUCUAUUGUAUAAAUUUUAAUCUCGAUUCUACGCUGCUUUGUGUAUCAUCGGAUCAUGGAACAGUACAUAUUUUUGCUGUGGAUGAUCACAAGAAGAACAAACAAUCCUCGUUGGCGUCUGCAUCAUUCCUGCCCAAGUACUUUAGCUCUAAAUGGAGUUUUUCGAAGUUUCAAGUUCCUGGAAAUUCUCCAUGCAUAUGUGCCUUUGGAAAUGUUGAUCCGAAUUCUGUCAUAGUUGUUUGUGGAGAUGGGAGUUAUCAUAAGUUUUGCUUCGACCCUCAAGGCCAAUGUACUCGUGAGAUUUAUUCUUCCUUUCUUGAAAUUUGAAGUCCGAUACGUAAAGAAAUAGAACGCAUAUAUACAACGGAAUUGUUCGCAAUUUAUAUGCAAUCAAUCUAAAAGUUAAGUUUUUACUAAAAAUGUAUAUGUUAUUGAAUAUUGUUGAUAAAUUACGAUAUGCAAAAUAUCACAAUCCAUUCUUUCACGUGCUACAAAGGUUAUCAGUUGUAAAAUUAAAACUUUUGUAAAGGAUUGUGGUAGCAAAUUAAGGAUACAUUAUCAUAACGAGGACGAGAUAUUUAUUAUACAAGACAAUAUAAUAAUAAUAGAAAAAAUAGAAUUGACUGUGUCUUUCGGAAAUUGAAUUCUGUUAUGAGAAAUAUAAUAAUGGUCCCUAUAUAUUUGAAAAGGUUGCACUGAUUAUGAAAAUAAAUGUUGAAUAGUACUGAUGA